AUGUGGGCGAGGAAAAAUCUUAUAAAACUGAAGCUGAAUUCUUGUUUUAGAUGAGCCAGAGUCUUGCCUUAUCAAGGCUAUAAUUUGAGAGUAACUCCUAUUCAAAAUAACAUGCACUGAUUACAAAAGAGAGACUUUUCUAAUUUGGAACAAAGGAAAAUUGAGAUGUUGCGAGGCAAGAAGACACAAAAAGUCAGGAGGAUAGCCCUUGCAUAUGCUGGAGCAGCAGGACUACUGAUAAUGUCAGGCAGCUUUCAACUAAUCGCUAUUCCUGUCUUAAUAGGAAGUUUACACUACCUCAAAGUCCGUGGAAACUUAGAAAGACCUUCAACUUCGUAUGAAAUGAGGAAAAACAAGCAAUUUGAUACAGUCUUUCCUGAUAUGCUGAAGAAUAUCACAGAAUGAGAAGAACUAAAGCCAUAUUUCAUCGAAAAGGACUCAAUUCAGAUUGAAAAUCCUCAAUUUGGAGAGACCAAACAUAGGAUGGAUAACCUCUUCGAGAGAUACUCUUUCGAGUGCUCUAUUGCUGAUUCUAUCACUUCAGCCCAAGCUGAAGUCCAUGGGCUUCUUCUGCUUGAUAUAUUAGCCAAAACUGUUGAAUUUGAAUCCCUCACAGUGCACCUACAAGAGCCUAUCAAGGAGAGGAUCAGAGUGAUUUCUUACAGCUUAUCCCAACCUACUCGCAGGAGAUAAACCAUUCAAUUAUA